AUAGCUGGUGCGUAAGUGCUUGACGUCAGUACAACAACAACCUGUUAGGACUGCUCGGGUGAGGGAAUAUAACGUUAAUUGAUCAAGACUAAUUUCUGCCAAUAAACCGCGAUUUCCCCACUUGUAUAUGUCAAUAUCUCUUUACAAAGCCAGAUAUCUUGGAGAGACGGGGCAUUCCUAACCCAGUCUGUUAGCAAGCCGAAGAGACGGGGAACAGGAUAGGGAAGCAGGGCGAAACGGGCCCCGCGGAGCCGGUGGAGAAGAUGGCCGGCAGCCCGGAAAAGACUUCAACCGCGCAAGAGCUGAAAGAGCAGGGGAACCGAUUGUUCCUCUGCCGCAAGUACCAAGAGGCUGCAACAUGCUACGGCAAAGCUAUAAAUCGUAAUCCCUCGGUGGCAGUGUACUACACUAAUAGAGCGCUUUGCCAUGUGAAACUGCAGCAGUAUGACAAAGCUCUGGCUGACUGUAAACAUGCUCUAGAGUUGGACAGUCAGUCAGUCAAGGCGCACUUUUUCCUGGGUCAAUGUCACUUGGAGCUUGAAAACUAUGAUGAGGCCAUUGGAAACCUGCAAAAGGCUUACAACUUGGCUAAAGAACAAAGGCUGAAUUUUGGAGAUGACAUUCCAAGUGCUUUGCGCAUUGCCAAGAAGAAACGCUGGAACAACAUCGAAGAGAAAAGAAUUAAUCAGGAAAAUGAGCUGCAUGCUUAUCUUACUAAACUCAUUUUAGCUGAUAAGGAAAGAGAAAUGGAUGAAUUCAAGAAAAACCAGGAUGAUAAUGAAAAUGGAGGUGAUGUGACUAAAAUUGCAACAAAACAUGACAAGUACCUAAUGGACAUGGAUGAACUCUUCUCUCAAGUGGAUGAGAAGAGGAAAAAACGAGAGAUCCCAGAUUACCUGUGUGGUAAAAUCAGUUUUGAGUUGAUGAGAGAGCCCUGCAUCACACCCAGUGGAAUCACCUACGAUCGCAAGGAUAUAGAAGAGCACUUACAGCGAGUGGGUCAUUUUGACCCUGUCACCAGGAGUCCACUGACUCAGGACCAGCUCAUCCCUAACCUUGCCAUGAAGGAGGUGAUAGAUGCCUUUAUCCAGGAGAAUGGCUGGGUGGAGGACUACUGAUCCUCAAACCUUCAACAGGAGCUUGGACUUGCCAAGACUAUAGACAAGCAAUCUUUAUAUGACUGGAUGUAACAUUUACACAAUCAAGAGAAGCCACACUUUGGAUUAUCAUAUAGAAGCUGUACGUCUUCUCUUCACAUUUGACCUUUGCUGUUAUCAGCUGGUUUGCUGUUCUCUUCUGAACUGUUUACCUUCUUUCUCAGCCCUGACUCACAUAAGGGCCCUCUGACUCCUCGUUUCUUAGUGCCACAAUUCUUACAAAGACUUUGCACUGCAGUGUUUCACAGAUGCCCACAGUAUGCACAGUGCACACAAUGGAAGCAGACCCAAUGUAGACAAUUCUACUCAACUACAACUUGUAUUUAUCAUAAACAUAUGUCCAUUUACUGCACACUCACAAAGCUCAUACACUCAGCCAAUUCCCUUCUCUGCCUCAAGAUGGGGCUGUAAAAUUAAGGCUGUCAAUUGUUCCCACCAACUCAAAAUAACUGUCCCAUCUUGCACCAUGUAAGGGACAAGUUAACAAACUGAAUGUAUACAACGUUUUAGUUUUAAUCUCAAGUUGUCAGACAUUUGUAUAAAACAGGGCCUUAGAAGCCUUGAAAAAGAAAGCAUACAAAAAGCUGGAUAGUCAUUGAAUGAGGAUACUGGCAGGAAAUGCCAGGUUUACAAUCUCUUGAAAAGCUGCUUGUGUGUUGUUGAUGAAAGUGAAACGAUUUGAUGUCUCUAAAUAUUGCCUUUUGUGUAACAGUAAACAGUCAGUGGACAAUUUGACAAAAAGAUGGUUAUUCCCACCCGUUUGUAUUGGCCUUUGUUUUGUUACUUCAGAAAACAAUACAGUGAAAUGAAAUUUUGGUGAAAUACAAGGGUUUAUGGUUACCAUAAUGCUGGAGGGAGCACCUAUUCUCCGUACCUCAGCCCAGGUUCUGUGUGCUGUUCUGCUUUUCUUGUAAUGAACUGGCUGAUCUUAAGAGUGUGUCUAUGGUGAAUUAGGCUGUUCACUGUAAGAUCGAAAUAAUGUAUAUAAUUUUCUUCUGUAUUGUGAAAUUUUAAUUCUUGACAAAAUAGGGUUCCUUUUCUCUAGAGUUUGAGAAACUGUAUUAAAUGUAGAUAUGUCAAUAACUAUUUCCUGCUUUUGUUUUCAUUGAUCCUCAUUAAACAGUGACAUUU